GGUCCUCCACCGACCAACCUUUUCCAGCCUCCGCGGCGUCCUGGCUUAGGAACAUUAGGAAAACCAAUAAGGCUACUGGCCAACCACUUCCAGGUACAGAUACCGAAGAUUGAUGUUUACCAUUAUGAUGUGGACAUUAAACCUGAGAAAAGGCCCAGAAGAGUCAACAGGGAGGUGGUUGACACGAUGGUGCGACAUUUCAAAAUGCAGAUAUUUGGAGAUCGCCAACCUGGAUAUGAUGGAAAGAGAAAUAUGUACACUGCACAUCCACUGCCAAUUGGGAGGGAUAGGGUUGACCUUGAAGUGACUCUUCCGGGUGAGGGUAAAGACCAAACUUUCAAAGUGACCAUUCAAUGGGUGUCUGUGGUUAGUCUGCAACUGCUCCUGGAAGCCUUGGCUGGACACCUAAGUGAAGUUCCUGAUGACUCUGUGCAGGCCCUUGAUGUAAUUACUCGCCACUUGCCAUCUAUGAGGUAUACUCCUGUCGGACGUUCAUUCUUCUCUCCUCCUGAGGGUUAUUAUCACCCGCUGGGUGGAGGUCGUGAGGUUUGGUUUGGUUUCCAUCAAUCUGUACGUCCUGCCAUGUGGAACAUGAUGCUUAACAUUGACGUUUCUGCAACUGCCUUUUAUCGUGCUCAGCCUGUAAUUGAGUUCAUGUGUGAAGUCCUAGAUGUUCAGAAUAUCAAUGAACAGACCAAACCGCUGACAGAUUCCCAGCGCGUAAAAUUCACCAAAGAAAUAAGAGGUUUGAAAGUGGAGGUCACACACUGUGGGCAGAUGAAGAGAAAGUACAGAGUGUGUAAUGUUACUCGAAGACCAGCUAGCCACCAGACUUUCCCCUUGCAGCUGGAGAAUGGCCAGGCCAUGGAGUGCACAGUUGCCCAGUACUUCAAACAGAAAUACAGCUUGCAGCUAAAAUAUCCACAUCUCCCUUGCUUGCAAGUCGGUCAAGAACAGAAACAUACCUAUUUGCCCCUAGAGGUCUGUAACAUUGUAGCUGGCCAACGAUGUAUUAAGAAGCUGACUGACAAUCAGACUUCCACAAUGAUCAAAGCAACAGCUCGGUCUGCCCCAGACAGACAGGAGGAAAUCAGCAGGCUGGUAAAGAGCAACAGUAUGGUUGGAGGACCAGACCCAUACCUGAAGGAGUUUGGUAUUGUUGUACAUAAUGAAAUGACAGAGCUUACAGGCAGGGUGCUUCCAGCUCCUAUGCUUCAGUAUGGUGGAAGGAAUAAAAAACUGUAGCUACUCCAAACCAAGGUGUCUGGGAUAUGAGAGGGAAGCAGUUCUACGCUGGCAUUGAAAUAAAAGUCUGGGCUGUUGCCUGCUUUGCCCCACAGAAACAGUGCAGAGAAGACCUGUUAAAAAGUUUCACAGACCAGCUGAGAAAGAUUUCAAAGGAUGCUGGGAUGCCCAUCCAGGGCCAACCAUGCUUUUGUAAAUAUGCUCAAGGAGCAGACAGUGUGGAGCCAAUGUUCAAACAUUUAAAACUUACAUAUGUGGGUUUACAGCUUAUUGUAGUUAUUCUUCCUGGAAAGACUCCUGUAUAUGCCGAAGUAAAAAGAGUGGGGGACACACUCCUUGGAAUGGCAACCCAGUGUGUGCAAGUGAAAAAUGUGGUGAAGACUUCUCCUCAGACACUUUCCAAUUUAUGUCUGAAGAUCAAUGCUAAGCUGGGAGGCAUAAAUAAUGUGCUAGUUCCUCAUCAAAGGCCCUCUGUUUUCCAGCAGCCAGUGAUAUUUCUGGGGGCAGAUGUAACCCAUCCCCCUGCUGGUGAUGGCAAAAAAACCUUCUAUUGCAGCUGUCGUUGGCAGUAUGGAUGGCCAUCCAAGCCGUUACUGUGCUACUGUGCGUGUGCAGACCUCUCGCCAGGAGACCACCCAGGAGCUGUUGUACAGUCAGGAAGUCAUUCAGGAUCUUAGUAACAUGGUGCGUGAGCUUCUCAUCCAGUUCUACAAGUCCACUCGCUUCAAACCCACCCGUAUAAUCUACUACAGGGGUGGUGUAUCUGAAGGCCAGAUGAAACAGGUUGCCUGGCCAGAACUCAUGGCUAUUCGGAAAGCUUGCAUCAGUCUGGAGGAAGAUUACAGACCUGGAAUUACCUACAUUGUUGUACAAAAGAGACAUCACACUAGACUUUUUUGUGCUGACAAAACAGAGAGGGUGGGAAAAAGUGGCAAUGUGCCUGCUGGAACUACAGUAGACAGCACCAUUACACAUCCAUCUGAAUUUGACUUCUAUCUCUGUAGUCAUGCUGGGAUUCAGGGAACCAGUCGCCCAUCUCAUUACCAGGUCUUGUGGGAUGAUAAUUGCUUUACAGCUGAUGAGCUCCAAUUGUUAACAUACCAGCUGUGCCACACCUACGUCCGAUGUACUCGUUCAGUCUCCAUCCCUGCUCCUGCUUACUAUGCUAGGCUGGUGGCAUUCAGAGCAAGAUACCAUCUUGUGGAUAAAGAUCAUGACAGCGCUGAAGGAAGCCAUGUUUCUGGACAGAGCAAUGGUCGUGAUCCACAGGCUCUGGCCAAAGCCGUGCAGAUUCAUCACGACACACAGCACACAAUGUACUUUGCCUGA